AUGACACCUGCAGUAGUUAACAUCACUUUAGCCUUCACUUUCUCAUUUUUAGGAACCCUUAUAUUCCGAUCGCACCUAAUGUCUACCCUACUAUGCCUAGAAGGAAUAAUACUUUCCUUAUUUAUCCUAGCCACAAUUACGCCCCUAAACACACACUCAAUAAUCAUAUUCCCUAUCCCUAUUGUGAUCUUAGUAUUCGCUGCUUGCGAGGCAGCCGUAGGACUAGCCUUACUGGCAAAAAUCUCAAACACCUACGGCUCUGACUUUGUACAAAACCUAAACCUGUUACAAUGCUAA